UGUUUAUACCAUUAUUUCAUUACAUAAAAUAUUGCCUCGGUUUGUUUCUAUGUUGUUUUACAGUAUUGUUUGUGCAUACAUUGUACUUAGGUUCUUACAUGUUAAGACAUUUGGUUUGAGUCUGCUCAGGUCAAAUAGAUCUAACUCCAUCCGUUGACUUUUGGUUCAAGUCCACCAAGGUGAGAAUAUCUGGAUCAGAUCUGGCUCCACCAUCUAAACUUUAGAGAAAUCCAUGCAGUUCAUUUCAUAAUACAAAUAUUAGUAACAUCAAUUCAUCAAUAAAGUUUAUACAGAUCCAACUCCACCUUCUUGGCUUUUAGGUUCAAGUCUCGGAGAAAGGCAAAUCAAUCUGACUCCACCCUCCUGGCCUUUAGGAUCAACUUCCAGGUAGGAGGAGCUCAAGUAGAUCUGACUCCACCACCUUGACCUUAAGCUUCAAAUCUCAGGUAGGAGGAAAACAAAUACCACCUUGUCUUCUUGUAGACCUGGUUUAGAUUUGGCUCCACUCUCUGAACUUUGGAGUAAUGCAUGCAUUUCAUAAUACAGAUAUUAGUAAAUACAAAUCUAUAUUUUCCCUCCAUCUCUCAUGCACCACCCGUAGCUCUCCUCAUCCCCUAGCAGCUGUUUCCAUCGCAAGGUGAGAUGCAGGUUCCUCCAGCCCAGCUUUCCAGUGCGUCCUGCUCUCUGAUUGGUCAGUAGUUCAUCUAAAGGGAAUAGUUAACCAAUUACGCACCGGCGGCUGCGCGUAAACGCUCCGCGGAGGCGGGUUUUGCCGGUCGAACUAAUGCCGCCUUGCACAGUAGUUAAGCGGCCCGGGACCGCCAGGAGGCAGCGCGCCGGGAUUGGCUGUAAGAAGGGAGCUGAAGGUAGAGCUGAACAGGUCGCGCUGACGCCACGCAGGAGAGGAAAAGGAUGCUGAAAGGCACGGAGCCGGGUCACAUCGCCAUGCAGUAAAACCGACGCACGGAUACGGUUCAGUGUUUUUCUCUCACUGUCCUCUGUGAUAUGGAUUAGACAGAAAGCAGGUCGGGAAGAAGGAAGGAGGAAGAAGGCAGCGCAAAUCCUCACGGUGUGUGAUCCGGAUUUAGAGCGCAGGAUAAAGGCUUCAAUUGCACCUGCUAUGGAUGCGAACAUGCGCAAAUUCACAGUCCGGAGGUGGUUCUCGAUUUACCUGCGCAAGAAGUCGCGCUCUAAAAGCUCCAGUUUGUGCAAACUCGAGGACGACAGCAUCCUGAAAGAGAUUGAUAUAAGCAACCAUGUGAAAGAAGGCUUCGAGAAAGCUGACCCCUCCCAGUUCGAGCUGCUUAAAGUGUUGGGACAGGGCUCCUACGGCAAGGUAUUUCUGGUGAGAAAAAUUAAAGGCUCAGACACAGGCCAACUCUAUGCCAUGAAGGUGUUAAAAAAGGCCACACUGAAAGUGCGUGACAGAGUGCGAUCCAAAAUGGAGAGGGACAUUCUUGCAGAAGUGAAUCAUCCCUUUAUUGUGAAACUUCACUACGCCUUUCAGACUGAGGGAAAACUGUAUCUCAUCCUGGACUUCCUCAGAGGAGGCGAUCUCUUCACCCGUCUCUCCAAAGAGGUCAUGUUUACAGAGGAGGACGUAAAGUUCUAUCUGGCUGAGCUGGCUUUAGCACUGGACCAUCUUCACAGCCUGGGAAUUAUCUACCGUGACCUCAAGCCGGAAAACAUUCUUCUCGAUGAGGAGGGUCAUAUAAAGAUCACUGAUUUUGGUCUGAGUAAGGAAGCAAUAGAUCACGACAAGAGAGCGUACUCGUUCUGUGGGACCAUCGAGUAUAUGGCUCCAGAAGUAGUCAAUAGAAGAGGACACACACAAAGUGCAGACUGGUGGUCGUUUGGCGUUCUGAUGUUUGAAAUGUUGACUGGAUCGCUGCCAUUUCAAGGCAAAGACCGCAAGGAGACCAUGGCGCUUAUUCUCAAAGCAAAGCUUGGCAUGCCUCAAUUCUUAAGCCCAGAGGUGCAAAGCUUGCUGCGAGCCCUUUUUAAAAGGAAUCCAACCAACAGAUUAGGAGCUGGACCUGAUGGAGUGGAAGAAAUCAAAAGGCACCACUUCUUCACAAACAUUGACUGGAAUAAAUUAUACAGGAAGGAAAUCAAACCUCCAUUCAAACCAGCAGUCGGCAGACCAGAGGACACUUUCCAUUUCGACCCUGAAUUCACGUCCCGCACUCCAACAGACUCGCCUGGUGUCCCUCCCAGUGCUAAUGCACAUCAGCUUUUCCGUGGAUUCAGCUUUGUGGCCACCAAUCUGGGACAGGAGCAGAGUAAAGCAGAGACCAGACCAAACUCCAUUAAUCCUAUAGUGCAGCAACUUCAUAGCAACAACAUCCAUUUCACCGAUGGCUAUGAAAUAAAAGAGGACAUCGGCGUGGGAUCGUAUUCAGUAUGCAAACGCUGUGUGCACAGAAUCACCAGUGUGGAAUAUGCUGUUAAAAUCAUAGACAGAGCGAAGAAGGACCCGUCGGAGGAGAUCGAGAUCCUGCUGCGAUAUGGACAACACCCAAACAUCAUCACCCUGAAAGACGUCUACGAUGAUGGCAAGUUCGUCUAUCUGGUUAUGGAACUGAUGCGUGGAGGCGAGCUGCUCGACCGCAUCCUGCAUCACAAAGGUUUCUCAGAGCGAGAGGCUUCUGCUGUGCUCUGCACCAUUACCAAGACUGUGGAGUAUCUACACUCACAGGGGGUUGUACAUCGAGACCUAAAGCCUAGCAAUAUCUUGUAUGUGGAUGAGAUGGGCGACCCAGAGUCGAUACGGAUCUGUGACUUCGGCUUUGCCAAACAACUCCGGGCUGAGAACGGCCUCCUUAUGACCCCGUGCUACACUGCCAACUUUGUGGCUCCAGAGGUUCUGAAGAAGCAAGGAUACGACGCUGCGUGUGACAUCUGGAGUCUGGGAAUUUUACUGUACACCAUGCUUGCAGGAUUUACACCGUUUGCCAGUGGACCUGAUGAUACCCCAGAGGAAAUCUUGGCUCGAAUUGGCAGUGGCAAAUACACCCUUUCUGGGGGCAACUGGGACAUGGUGUCUGAUGAUGCUAAGGACAUCGUGACUAAAAUGCUGCAUGUGGACCCUCACCAGCGUCUCACCGCCCCUCUGGUCCUCCGUCACCCCUGGAUCGUAAACCAAGAGCAGUUAUCGAUGAGUCAGCUCACACGACAUGACGUGCACUUAGUCAAGGGAGCGAUGGCGGCUACAUAUUUAGCUCUGAACCGAACUCCACAAGCUCCAAAGCUCGAGCCUGUCCUUGCAUCCUGUCUGGCGCAGAGAAGAGGAAUGAAGAGAGUGACAUCCACUUGUUUGUAGCACCCGAUCCAACAGCACCACCUAUAGACCCUGAAGAUAUUCCAAGCCUGGGAGGAAGAACCAGGCAGUCAUCAAUGCACAAUACGGGAGCGGAUCGUGUGAGCGCUGAAGAAGGUCGAAAUUUCCCCCCACAUACACAGCUUUAGGGAAGUUCGCUUCCGAGAGCUGCUCGCAUUAACGCCGAGGGCGUCAAGAUUCGUCGAGCUUCCCUGCUCUAAUCCUGCCAGGGAUUGAAAGAGUAGCGACAGAGAUAGAAAACAUCACCAACACGAGAGCACAAAUAACACAACCUGCACGCUCAAGCUGUGAAGCCCAUCAUGUGCUGUGAGCCAUGCAGAAAUGUUUGGACAUGACUACUGUCAUGUUACGCCAGAUUGCUGUCAUCCGGCACUGGCUGUAGAGUAAAGUCCACAAAAAUGAUUAUACGUAAUGGACAGUAAGACUCUAGUGCAUGUUAAUUACUAACACUGAAGAGCUUAAAGAAAUAGUUUAGCCGGGAAAAGAUCUACAACCACAAGUUAUUUCUUAGCCAAUAUGCGAUCGAAAACUUCUAAUACUUCUUUAGAUAUGCACUGGACUUAACACAACUCAUGGAAAGCUCACAACCGCCAGUUUGACAUCAUGCAAAAUGCUUGAGUUCUUCAAGAAGCUCAAACAAUACAUUGAAAAAAAGGAAGGCACAUUUUUUUUACUUUCUUUACACACAUAUUUCUUAAAUCCUAUCCAAUUGAUCAUUCCACAUAUACAGUAGGUGAGCGCUAGGAAAUAAACGCUUUGUUGAAUAGCUCAGGUGUUCGGCAGUCAGCACAUUUACACACGUUUUACAGAAACCACAGCAGGAAAAAAAGCAAUAUUAAGUGCAGGAGACUUAGCGAACAGACAAGACUAUAAAAGAUGGCAGCAUUAUUGCCAUUUCUUUAUCUCUAAAUCCAACCAUGCAUGCGGCGUGAGCGGCUUUAGGAGUGAAACUGGGCGUCGUCUUAUUGUUUAAGCUUUUAGUCAAGCUCUUCGAAAUGAUGUGGUUUUUGAAUGUUUUACUUGUUUUACAGCAAUUUCAAAAAUUUAUACAUUGUAUGCAUUACACAGAUUUUGUGGAAAAUUUAUUUAUUUAUUUAUUUAUUUAUAUUUAUUUAAUUUAAAAUACUUUGGGUUUUUU